AUGUCUGAAUUCAAACAUAAUGUAGAAGACGUAAUGAAAAAAUUAGAAUUGUAAAUAAAAGAAAAUAGGAGAAGAACUAGAACACUCAGUCUUGCCAAGUAAAAUGGCUUCAACAAUUUAUGCAGAUAACGAUUGAAUACUAUGCAUCAAAUAUCAGAUCAUUUCUUGUUGAAAACCAUAUAUGUUCAGCCCUAAUAAGAUCUUUAAUAGAGAAAGAAGAUCGUGAAUUAGAGACUGCUAAAUUAACAAAGAAAAUACUACUAACAAUUAUUUUACGAUAAAAUUUAACACAACUUUUAGAAACUGGAGGUCUAGCCUCUUGCUUCAUGUAUAACUCUAUAGUAAAUAAAUUAAAACUCAAUACCCUUACCGAUAGUGUUCAAAUAAAAGAAGGAAAUUAAGAAAUUAAUAAAACCUAACUCGAAAUUUAAUCUAAAUUGA